AUGAAUGGCGACCUGAGCCUGUCGCAGUCCCUCGGCGGGCUGCGUAUCGCGAACCCAGACGAGGACGACCCGAUCGCGCCGCCCUCGCAGUCGCCGGAGCCCGUCCAGGAGCGCCGCCCGCUGCAGACACCGACGGGCCCCGAGGAGAGCGUGGGCGCACUGCCACCACUGCGCCGCCGGCCGUCGCAGGCAUCGAGCAGCAGCACCGUCACGGAGCGCCAGAAGCCUGCGCCAGCCCAGAGCUACACCCUCGAUCCGCCCGCCCAUGCCUAUGCGACCGCAGAGCCGCUGCCGUCGCCCGCCCUGUCGUCGCGGGGCCUCGCGCCCAACCCCCCGAACGCCUACGGUACCACUCCGCCGCAGUCGUCGUCGCCGCUGGGCCACACCUCCCCCCUCGCCGCCGUGUCAUCGUCGUCGUCGUCAUCCCGCUCGCCCCGUCUCGCCCACCGCCAGAGCAUGCCGCUUGCCCACCAGGCCCAGCAGCAGGUGUCGUACCCGUCCUACGCCGCCGGGGCCCUCAUGCAGCAGCGCAAUGGCCCCCAGCCGCAGGCCCUGUCCCAGGCCAUGCGCGAGCGGCCCGUUUCGACGAGCAUGUACAACCACCCCAACCUCUCCACCAGCUCCACCACCGCGCCGGGCACGUACCGCUACAACGACGAGGGCAUGACCUCAGACAUACGGCGCACGAGCAGCUCGCGAGUAGCGCCCAAUGCCAUGCCUGUACGUGAACCCAGCAGACGAGAUCCGUACCGACAGUCAGCCCUGAUGUCUGGCCUCAACGGCCCCCUGCCGCCCCGGCGAAGCUCGAGACGGAUGCCCAUGGACGACGCUGGUCUAGCCCCGCAGCUGUCCAGCUCGCCAUAUAGCAUGGAAGGAGGCCCCCUAUCGAGCAGCGAGGAGUGGAAAGAGAAGGGCGCCGCGAUCAGCACAAGGCAAGAGGUGGACCAAAACGGGCGGCCGAUCACACGGGUGGUCAAGAAAGGGGUGAAGGACUUCAACUUUGGCAGAACCCUGGGCGAAGGCUCAUACAGUACCGUUCUGGCCGCGACCGACAGACAGACCCUGCGCGAGUACGCGAUCAAGGUGCUCGACAAGCGCCACAUCAUCAAGGAGAAGAAGGUCAAAUACGUGAACAUCGAGAAGGACACCCUGAACCGCCUUACCGAGCACCCAGGCGUUGUACGCUUAUACUACACGUUCCAGGACGAGCGCUCGCUAUACUUCGUUCUCGACCUGGCUUCUGGCGGAGAGCUGCUUGGCUUUCUCAAGAAGAUGGGCACUUUCGAUGUCGAAUGCACACGCUUCUACGGUGCCCAGAUACUGGAUGCGAUCGAUUACAUGCACUCCAAAGGCAUCAUACACCGCGACUUGAAACCAGAGAACGUUCUCCUAGACGACCAGAUGCAUGUCAAGAUCACCGACUUUGGAACAGCAAAGAUCCUGGAUUUAAAAAAGUCGAAUGGCUCUGGAGCCACAAUCGGAGAUCCAAUGGAGGUCGUCGAAUCGGACCGUGCACAGUCAUUUGUUGGGACGGCAGAGUAUGUCUCCCCCGAGCUCCUCACAGACAAGAACGCCUGCAAAGCCAGUGAUCUGUGGGCGUUUGGGUGCAUCAUCUACCAGCUCAUUGCUGGAAGACCACCUUUCAAGGCAGCCAACGAGUAUAUGACUUUCCAGAAGAUUGUCGGUUUGGAGUACAGCUUCCCCGAAGGCUUCCCUCCGCUGGCGAGGGAUCUGGUCGAGAGAUUGCUGGUCCUCGAUCCACUAACACGUCUUCCCAUGGAACACAUCAAAACACAUCCUUUCUUCGAAAGCAUCAUAUGGGGCAAAGGGCUAUGGAAGCAGAAGGCACCACGCCUAAAGUCUUACAGCCCACCCCCGCAAGAGCCCAUCAAACUCAAUGGCCCUUCAAAUACUGGAGCUCCACCUCCUGCACAGUUGCGACCCAAACCUAGACUCAUCACAGAGCUGCCGCCUCCUAGUCAGCUUGACAUCGACUGGUCACCCGUUCUCACCAAACGGGAUGAGCGCAUUCUGAAGCUCGGCAAUUUCUUCAUCACCCAACACCCUGCAGGUCAUCCUGUAGGUGGGGCGACCGAGGCUGCAGAAGCACCCAAGAAAUUCUCCAGGUUCUUCAGCAGCAACACCAUCAAGAAGCGACAGCGUCUCGUCAUGAUCACUAGCAAUGCUCGUGUUUUGAUGUGCGCCGCUGGCACAAAUGACAAAAAGCUCAAAGAGGAAGUGUCAUUGCUCACUGCUGGCUGCUCGUGGCGCUCCUUCCAGGACUCGAAGGGGUUGACAGCUUGGCUUGUGGAAACACGUGACAAGCAAUUCGUCUUCGAAGAUCCCAAGAGUACCACCAGCGACCCUGAUGGCAGCAAAUAUUCAAGCCAGGAAUGGAUCGACAGCAUCGAGCAAGCGAGAGAAUACGCUCUAUCGCAGGCUCCCACCAACGAUCUGGCCCUGUCUGAACUCGGCUCAAUAUCUACACCCAGCUCCCUAGGCGGCGACUCUGCCCUUGACGGCGUUAAUAUUCCUGCUUCGCGCCACGGACAUCUCCACAAAGACCGUGCCGAUGCAGACUCGGUCAAGAGCAGGAAACGGUUCAGCAAGCGACACUCGAAGAACGGGCUAGCGAACUUUUAG